GUGAUUAAUCUGGGAAGAGCUCGUGGAGGGUCUUCACUGCCAGUCUACGGUGGACGAGGUCCUGUAGCCAUUGGAGACUAAUCAGCACUGGAUCCACAAGUCACCAGUGAGACAUGGCAAGCCCCAGGGAAAGCCAGGCAGAGAGCACCGAGUGCCCGACUGAGGUGACCCUCGCAGGGAGCACCGAGACCAUCAGCGUGAAGGCAGAGAGCGGGUCGCCUGACAUCACUGAGACCUGGAGCGGCCUUCAGGUCCUCUAUCUCCCCAGCUUUGACAUUCUGUCUAUCGAUGAGACCACCUGGCUGGGACGGGUCAGGGAACCUUCCCCCACCCCCACCCCAAGCCCUGAGGUUGCUUCAGCCUCCCCGACACGUUGUGCAGUGGAACCAGAGCAGUGUCCCCAGGUCCACAGCUCAGCCCUGGGGGCUCCAGCUAUGCCAUCAGGGCCGGACGAGGAGCGCUCCCUGGAGCAGAUGCAGACCCUGGUCGUGGAGGAAGUGUUGAAGGACAUUGAGACGGCCUGCAAGUUGCUCAACAUCACACCAGAUCCAGUGGACUGGAACACGGGGAACGUCCAGAAGUGGCUGCUGUGGACGGAGCACCUGUACAAGCUGCCCUCCGUGGGCAAGGCCUUCCAGCAGCUGGACGGCAAGGACCUGUGUGCCAUGAGCCAGGAGGACUUCCAUAAACUCAGCCCCGAGUACAGCGGCACGCUGCACGCCCACCUGGACAUAUGGAAAUCAGCUGCUUGGAUGCAUGGAAGAUGUUCAGUGACUGAGAGACCAACAGCAGGAGGUCAGGACGCGUGGCCGGAGGCGGACUCUUCCUGCUCAGGCCAGCCUGUGCACCUGUGGCAGUUUCUCCGGGAGCUGCUGCUCAAGCCCCACAACUACAGCCGCUACAUCCGCUGGCUCAAUAAGGACAAAGGAAUCUUCAAAAUCGAAGACUCGGCACAGGUGGCUCGCCUGUGGGGCCAGAGGAAGAACCGGCCAGCCAUGAACUACGACAAGCUCAGUCGCUCCAUCAGGCAGUACUACAAGAAGGGCAUCAUACGCAAGCCGGACAUGUCCCAAAGACUGGUCUAUCAGUUCGUCAACCAGGUGUGA